AUGGUGGCCGAGAGUAAGAAGGAUAGGGGUAAGAAGGGUUACGCCCGGAAACCGAAGCUACAUAACAAGCGGAAACAGAUAUCUGGAAAGAAAAUUUUGGAACAUGCAAAGUCAAUGAACAAGUUAACAAAGGAGCAGAAGGCUAAGAUAAAGAAAAGGGCUCUUUCUCAACGACGAAUCGUGCAAAAACCCAGAUUUCCUCGCGCAUAUGCUACUCAGCAGCCUAAGCUCAAGCUUCAGCUAAGAAAAGUUCAAUGCUACAAGGAUCAUCGGCGAACAACUCGUCCUUCUAUUACUCCAGGUACUAUCUUAAUUUUGCUUGCUGGACGGCACAGGGGCAAGCGUGUUGUUUUCUUGAAGUCUCUUGCAAGCGGGAUGCUCCUUGUUACUGGACCAUUCAAAUAUAAUGGCGUCCCACUCAGACGGGUAAACCAGCGCUACGUUAUUGCCACACAGACAAAAAUCAAGAUGUCCAAUGUUGGCAUACCAAAAAGGCUAAACGAUGAGUUUUUCCGCCGCCAGGAUCUUAAACCAAAAAAGUCCGACGACAAAAUAUUUGCCGAGGAAGAAAAGAAGUAUACGGUCUCCGAUGACCGCAAGAAGUUCCAGAAAACGGUCGAUACGGCAUUGAUUGGGGCGAUCAAGAGAACUAAGGUUGCACCGAUGUUGGCUUCGUACUUGAAGUCGAUGUUUUCGCUUAGCAAGAGGGACUAUCCCCAUAAAAUGGUUUUCUAG